AUGGCGACGUUCUUCGGGGAGGUGGUGGCGGCGCCGUCCCGGGCCGGGGUGGACGACGAGGAGGAGGAGGCGGCGGAGCGCGAGGAGACGCCGGAGGACCGCGAGAUCCGCAGGGAGCUGGAGAAGAAAAGGGAGGUCCACAUCCUUUGGAGUUCGAAGUUAAGUGCAUCUACUGGAAGCUUUACAGAUGAGCAGUUUCCUUGCUCUAAGUUUAUAUUGGCGAUAGGACAUAACGCUGUAGCUUUCCUGACCUCAUUUAUUCUGAAUUCUGGAUGCUGGGAAGCAGUUGGCUCUGUCAAAUUGUGGAACGAGUGGUGCAGAACAUCAAAUACAACAAGUGUUCUUCCAACAGAUGCUUUCUGUUUGUUCUACAAAUUAAUAUCUGAUCCAACAGUAUUGUUGUGCCAGUGCAAUUGCUAUGUGGCUGAGGAUCAGCAAUUUCAAUGGCUUGAAAAGGUUUUUGGCUGUAUGCGGGAGGAGGAUCUGCAAGUAACCAUUCUUUCGACAUGUCCUGUAACUGAUUAUAAAACCCCUGAAUCCACUUUAACGCUUCCUUCUCCUUUUCUGAAAGCUUUAAAGACAAAAGAAUUCAAAGAGAUCGUCUGUUGUCCACUGCUGGAGCAGCCAAAUAUUGUACAGGGUCUCCCUGCUGCUGUUCUGAGUUAUUGUCAAGUAUGGCAGAUUCCUGCAGUGUUGUAUCAGUGUUACACGGAUGUCAUCAAACUGGACACUGUUACAAUUGAAGCAUUCAAGCCUGUGCUUUCUUCUAAGAACCUGAAGAGUUUAGUCAAGGAUAUGUCCAAAAGCACAGAGAUACUGAAGAAAUUAGUGACAACCAAUGAAAUUCAUAACAACAUCUAUACAUAAAGAUAAAGUGGACACUUAUCACCAACCAGUACAUUCAAGUCUGAAGAGCACUUUUGUCAACUCCAGUUGCUUAUUUGAAGAUAUUUUGGAAUUAUAGCUGCUUCUUUAAAAGUGGAAUAAAUCCUAAUAGAUUUUUUUUAUAUUUUGAGAUACUCUUUAUUUGAGCAUUUUUCAGUGCCUAGAGUGACUUAACACAUGUCAAAUUUUCUUGCUUCACUAGAUGGGAGUAUAUUUUUAACAGUUUAUUAACCCAAAGAGACGACUUGAGGAUGAAAUGCACAUUUUUCCCUUAAGUGGAUCGAAUGACUUGUUUUAAAUAUACACGUGCUAUAUUCAAAACAGAAAAGUAGGUUUGAUUGAUGUCUAAUGAUGUCAUACUUUGUUAAAUUUAUUUUGAGUUAUAAAAAUUGAGUUGUCUUAAAAAUCUAUGUGGGUGAUCUGAAUAAAAAUACUCAGAAGUUCUCAAAUUUUAUAUACAAAAUAUGUUAAAAAUACCAUGGUAAAGACAUAUUUGGAAACCUACUUAUAUGUAAAAAUACGAUUCAGGAUUCCACCAUUUGCAUUAGUAAAAGUGGUGGGAACAUGGAAUUAUCAGCUAUCUGGAAGCAGAUGAAAUAUGUGACUCCAUUUUUACUUCACUUUGGAACUUGCCUCAAUAUUUUAGCCACCUUUCUCUUACAUAAAGAGAAAUUAUACUUUAUGGUAGUCAGAAAUGUUGCAGGUCAAAACUGUUUCAAUAAGCUUUUAAUCUUAACAGCACCUAGCACAAUGUGGUCCAUGACUCUUAAGUGCUGCAGUAAUACAAAGAAGAAAUAAUAAUCAAAACUUACUUUAAUAUUAAAAGUCUGUCUACAUCCAUACAAUAAAAAUUUGCUUCAACUGUUUUAACUGAGUUGACAAAGGAGUAGUAAGAACAACAGUCACCUUUAUGCUGAAUAGGAAAUUUUCAAAGAGAAGCAAAUAGUUUAAAUGUUCAGUAUUUAAAGUUGAAAUGAUUUUAGAGGUUAAUAUUUUAAGAACCUAUGGUUUAUAAUGUUGUUCUGACUGUGUUUUUAAAAUUAAAUAUUGGAAUUGGCACAAAGUUGCGGUACAUUAACUGUAUAUUGUCCCUGACAGUGUAUUCAAGAUUAUAAUUGCAAAUGUGGCAUGAAGAGUUAAUAUUCUGUUGUAGCCAUCUGCAUCAGAGUGCUGUUACUAGAAUGAGAACUUUAAAAUGUAUUUGGGUCAUUUUACAGGAAAGAAAGAUUACUUUCAAUCUACUGUGGCGUAGAUCGUUCUCAGCAUAGUCAGUUUGAUUUUUUUAUUGUGAAAGCUCACUGGAAUAUUCGUACCAAUAUACUUUUGUGUCUUAACUGCAUUACUUUGCCUGGUUCUGAAAUUUCUGACUCGCUUUAUAUUGUGCUAGAAUCUCAACUGCCCCUGCUAUAUUUGGCCUUAUAGUGUGAUAAAUGAUGCAGGUGAGACCAAGUCUUCAGCAAAUUUUAUUAGUGUAAAGCCUCUCAUCAUUGGGCACUUUCAUUUAAAGUACUGUUAAUACAGUAAGCGUUUAGAGCUCAGGAAAACAAGUGGCCACCAUUAUAUAAGUGGUAUAUUUUGAAACAUACAAGCAAGGAGACCUUUUUUCUUUUUUUACUUCUAAACCAAAUUUUACUUAGUUUGAAGAAAACCUGUUUCUACGGUUGCUUUGUAGGUCUGACCUGAGAUGAAAAUAUUUUUGCCAUGAAAGAAUUGUUCAUUGGCUACCCCAGUUGCUUGCUUAUACAUUUCAAAUGUGAAUAUUGUUUAUUGUAAAUUGAAGAUUACAGAGGAAAACCUUGAAUAAAUAACAAUACCUGUAAACUUUUACAGCAGUGGUUUUCAACCUUUUUUCAUCUGCGGACCCCUAAAAAUUUCAGAUGGCGGUGCAGGCCCAUUUGGAAAUUUUAGACAUAGUCUGCGGACCUCUGGUUGAAAACCACUGUACUAUGGUAAGAGGUCUGCAAAAGGUUGCUGUUAGACAUAGUGUGUGGACCCCCAGGGGUCUGCAGACCACAGGUUGAAAACCACCAUUUUACAGAAAUAGAAAGUAUAUUUCUAGUUUGUCUUGUUACCACUGCAGUUGUAACUUUUCAAAAUAGUUCUUCAGCUACAGCUGAAUUUACUCCCAACUUAUACUAAGCAAAAAGGAAAAUUUAUGUAUUUACUAUGAAGAAGGUUUAAAAAAAACCCACCACUGAUAAAUCCGAAGUCUGGAAAUCAAAGCUAGAAAAA